AUGACUUCUACAGAUAUUGAGAUGUUUUCAUUAGAGCCCUUAUCUAAUCAAGAGUCUCCUGCUACUGUUGACUCAACAAUCAAAUCAAAUUCAGCUACAAAUCUACUUGAUCCACAAGCCACGGUUGAUGUAACUGAUGAUUCGCCAGCGACCUCCUCUAGAAUCAUACUAUCUCCUAUUAAAGGAGCUGUUUUGUUUGCUAUAUUUACAUGUAUAGUGAUGCUUAUUGGAAUUCUCAUAGUAUAUUUCAACUCACCAAAACUACCAGGUACGUUCGCUUCAUAA